AGCCCGUCGCCUCCGGUACACGCGGACGUUUUGGCGCGAAAAGUGCAAAGUGUCAACAUGGUGCUGACUUUUUUAUUUUUCCUAGCGUAUGCGGACGCCGUCUAUUUCAGCAUGAGCGAUAUCAACGUAACUAUCCCUAUAGAUAAGGGUAAGUUCCCUCCGAACAAUCAGUCUUUGGCUACUUUCUACGCUAUCGGAGACUCCCCUUUCAACUACUCCGUCGUCGAAGGCAGCGACUUCGUUCAAAUCUCCCCGAUGGGAGAUGUCACAUUCAAGAAGAAAGUUUUCGAGAAGAAUGUCCAAAUUGCAGAUGUUGACGGGAUUCCCGCGAAAAUAGCCGUGCAGGACAGUUCCAAUAAGGAGACCGGAUCCUUGAAUCUGGAGUUUCUGCCAUUCGAAGGCCUUGACUGCGAUUUUAUAGUGGAAGAUUUAUGUUUUUGGAAGACAGUGCAAUAUCGAAUUAGCGAGAACACAAAACCGAGGCUUAUCGGGUCUUUGGCUUCGCCUUUUUUGCGCGAAAUGUGUGCGAGUUGUGAAAUUAACUACAACCUACUCAGCAAAAACGAAGAGUUCCGGUUAGUCUCCGUAGGAAGGCUGCACACUAUUGAAUCCACGAGGUCGUUAGAUAGGGAAGAUAAAUCACGACACUAUCUAGAUGUGCUGUGUACGGUUGAAAACUCGAAACAUUCUGUAAGGAAUGUCACAAAGACUCUACUGGUUACGGUUCUGGAUACCGACGAUAAUCCACCUAAAGCGCAGGAGAAGAUUAUAAAGAUAAAUAUGUCCUCGCGGCACGUAGUAAAGGAUCACGAGGUGGCACACAAGGAUUUAAUUUUCAGCGACAAGGAUUCGUACGACGUUAACAGGUACAAGCCCACCGUUUUGAACGACACGCUGAAAAUCUUGAAAGCACAGUGCAACAAGUAUCGCGAUGAUCAUCUGAAACAGGAAGUUCAAACUGCCGUUCACUGCAAAUUAAAAUUCACGAAAACCAUGCCCAUCGAAAAAUGGACUUACUCUGUCGUCCUCCAACUCAACGACACCGCCCUCAUUAAUGGAAAUAAAACGGUUACGGUGCCUAUUGAUUUACACUUCCCCAAUGAGUCAGGAUAUCAUCCGGAGAUGAUAAAGAAACUGCUGAAGCCGCCCCAUCUCUAUCCGAGCAAUAAAGUUAAAAUUUUCAGAACCGCUGCUCCUUUAGCCAGAUUAACACAGCCAGCUAUCAAGAAUAUGAAUGGGGCGAAACACUUUACCUUACGACCGGUUGUUGCCGAACAUGAAGACAUUUUCAACGUGACCUACUCCGGAGGGAUUGUUUUCGUACACGACGCCGGAAAUUUAAGGAAUGCUCCGGAAUACGUGAGGCUAAACAUCUCCUGGACCGACAACAACAACACCAAGAAAUUUGAUGAAAUUGCCGUUCAUAUAGUGAAUGAACCAACGAAAACCUGCCUCAACUUUACGAAUAUUAAUAAACUGUAUUGGUGUUCCGAGUUCUCAAACCCGGAGGAGUGUUUGAGUCCGAAGUCGUGCGCUUUAUCGACCGGCGGAUCAUCGAGUGUUAAGAAAAGGGAAGGCCCGGAGAGAUGCAUGUGGAGGGGUGAAAGAACUCCUUCGAAUGAAACUACCACUUUGUACUCCACUUGUACACCGGAUACAGAAACGUGUCCAGAUGAAGUCUGUGAUGAAUUGGAGCAAUUACAUCAUAUGAUUUGUCCGCAGGACUGUACAGACAACGUCCUUUUCCCUGCCGAAAAAAAUAAAGCCACAAACCGCGGCAUUUACCGCGCCAGCGGUGUCUGCACUUGCUCGGAGAUCACCUGUCAGUGCAAUACCCUAGAAUACAAUGUCAUCCCUAAACUCGGCAAAAAGGGUAAACCCGCAAAGACCCUAGACCAGUCUCCGACCGUAAACCACACACUCUUUGUCCAAGCCAACGUGAGCAGACAUACAGGCAACGUCACCAGCAAGAUCUUGGGAAUAGAGUUGGCCCGUUGUGGCACAACUUGCGUGUUCGGGAUCGUCGCCGGAGUGCUCUUUCUUGGAGGAGCCGUCGCUUUGAUCGUGAUAUGUUGGAAAUUAGACAGUGUCCAUAAAGUCGUCCGUAAUAAAUUUAGCGACGAAAACCAAGAUCUCUCAGCUCCUCUUUCCGACUACAUCGACCGCUCAGCACCGGACCCCAUCCCAUUAAGUUUCGACAUGACCACGUCUUUAGCUGAUACGGCCAUCUUGAAUAUCAUCAACAAGUACGCGCCUGAUCCCAAAUGGGAGUUCCCAAGGAACCUACUGAUCAUUGAGCAGACGCUGGGGGAGGGAGAAUUCGGGAAGGUUCUGAGGGCCAAGGCCAUGAAUAUCGCCGGACAGCAAGGCCACACGACCGUCGCCGUGAAAACCCUCAAAGACGACGCGAGAGAAUCCGAACUCAACGACCUCCUUUCCGAGUACCAACUCCUCAAGGAAGUUUCCCACCCUAACGUAAUUCGUCUUCUUGGUGUUUGCACCACUCCAGGUGGGCCAAUUUAUUUGAUUAUAGAGUUUGCGGAACACGGCUCCUUAAGGAAUUACUUAAGAAGAAGCCGCCACCUAAAAUCCGAGUGUGGGAGACUGCCGACGUCCGCAGUAGACGAAACUGAGAUUCAUUACGACGAGCCAAAUAUAUCGAAAGUAACUCCUAAGGAGAUUUUGUCGUUUGCGUGGCAAAUAUGUAAAGGGAUGGCUUAUUUAAGUGAGAUCAAAUUGGUCCAUCGGGAUUUAGCGGCGAGGAACGUUUUAUUGGCGGCUGAUAAAGUGUGUAAAAUAUCGGAUUUUGGGCUUACAAGGGAUAUUUACGAGGACGAUGCCUAUUUCAAAAAAAGCAAAGGAAGAGUUCCCGUAAAAUGGAUGGCACCUGAAUCACUCUCGGACCAUAUCUAUACCAAUAAAUCAGACGUGUGGAGUUUCGGGAUACUCGUGUGGGAGUUGGUGACAUUAGGAGCCACUCCAUACCCUGGAAUUGCCGUCCAGAAUCUCUUUCAUUUGCUAAAGCAGGGGUACAGAAUGGAAAGGCCCGACAAUUGCUCCCCUACUUUAUAUAACAUAAUGAGGAGCUGUUGGCAUAUCGACCCGGAACAAAGACCCACAUUCCAGGAACUCUCGGCCCUUUGGGAAAAAAUGCUGAGCGACGAAGUAGAGUACUUAGAUUUGGCUAAUAACGCCAUACACAACAGAAGCUACUUUUGCUCACCGUUUGAGGACAGUUCAGUUUCAGAACCUUCGGAAAAGUCCGAAACCAACCCUUUGAACUAUUUGUCGAAAUCACAGUCUUACAUAAAGUGCGCUUCAAGGGACAAACUUCAAGAAUCGGCGAAUUUUCUACCAGAGCCUGAUAAUAAUCAGAACGACAUUAACACUCAAGGUUACGAAACGCCAGUGAAAAUUGCGAAGAAGAUUCAAACGCCUACAAACGACUGUCCACAGUACUACACAGAUAUGGCAUCUGGGAAAAGUAACUGAGCGGAACUAGAAGAUUCACUUGAUGAAUUCUGGAAGUGAUAAAUAAGUGGCUUCGGCUUAACAGUGAUCUAUGAAGGAUUGUUAUCACUUUUAACAAUAAUCAACUACUAUGUCUAAAUAAUUUUUAUAUUGUGACGACAACCAUAAUCAACUUAUUGUAGGUAGAAGCAAAAGUAUUAGGAAAUACACCCUUGCGGUAAAUAGAAUUGGUAUAAAAUAUUUUUAUGUAAAUUAUUACAAGCAAACUAAGUACAUAAAAUAUGACUGCUUGAUAUUAAUGAAUGUAUUGAUGUAUCGACGAAACAAUAAAUUGUUUAUAUUUC